AUGGCCCCGAAAGAGGACAUGCUGCCCCCGGGCUGGGAGGAUCUAGACAGGCAAAUGGGCCAGCUCUUUAUGAUGGGCUUUGAUGGUACAUCGGUCAGCCCGCAGGUCCGCUCCCUCAUCGAGGACUACCACCUAGGUUCCAUCCUCCUGUCGGCCAAGAAUCUCAAAUCUGCCGAGGAGGCCACCCGAUUGGUGCUCGAGCUGCAGACCAUUGCCCAUGAUGCCGGACACCUUGUGCCGCUGCUGAUCGCGUUAGAUCAGGAGAAUGGCGGCGUCAAUAGCUUAUAUGAUGAGAUAUACGUCCGCCAAUUCCCUAGUGCCAUGGGCAUCGCGGCAACGGGCUCGAAAGCUCUGGCUCACGAGGUUGCCGUUGCGACCGCCCAGGAGCUCAAGGCCGUCGGGGUCAAUUGGAUUUUGGGCCCCGUCCUGGACGUCCUGACCAAUGGACGAAAUCAGCCCUUGGGCGUCCGUACCACCGGCGAUGACCCCCAGGAAGUAUCUCAGUACGGGGUGCAAUAUAUGAAGGGGUAUCAGGAAGCAGGACUUGCGACCUGCGGUAAACAUUUUCCCUCCUACGGCAACUUGGAAUUCCUAGGAUCCCACACAGAUGUCCCCAUCAUUACGGAAUCUUUGGAACAGCUCAGUCUAACUGCGUUGGUGCCUUUUCGCAAUGCCAUCAUGCAAGGUUUGGAUGGCAUGAUGGUUGGCGGCGUGUCUAUGUCAUCAGCUGGGAUGAAUGUGAUGCACGCCUGUUUGAGUGACCAGGUGGUGGACGAGCUGCUCCGAAAAGACCUCAAGUUUCAAGGCGUCGUCGUAUCCGAAUGUUUGGAGAUGGAGGCAUUGACUCACAACAUCGGCGUGGGAGGAGGCACGGUCAUGGCGAAGAACGCAGGGUGCGAUGUUAUCCUACUAUGCCGAUCGUUUCCAGUGCAACAGGAGGCGAUCAACGGGCUAAAGCUGGGCGUGGAAAAUGGCAUCAUCGGUCGCCCUCGAAUAGAGCAGUCGCUACGACGCGUGCUGAAUCUGAAAUCGCGAUGCACUUCAUGGGAGCAGGCACUGAACCCACCCGGUCUGCUCUCGCUCACGCAAAUGCAGCCGUCUCAUACCAGCCUCUCCACGCGUGCAUACAACAACUCCAUCACUGUGAUGCGGGACAAGAACAGUCUACUUCCUCUUUCGAACACCAUCGAUGCUGGCGAGGAGCUUCUACUCUUGACCCCACUGGUCAAGCCACUCGCCGCUUCAGGAGUGUCACUCUCAGCUACCGAAGCCACCCAUGGCCCCCUUGACCCCUCGGCUUUGGACCGGUCCGCUUCGGUGAUGACCGGAGAGAGUGUUUUCAAGGAAUUGGGGAGGUCUCUUUCACGGCAAAGGAGCGGACGUGUAUUGCACACCUCAUACACAUCCAAUGGCGUGCGUCCCAUCCACGAAGAUCUCAUCAAACGAGCUAGCGCAGUCAUCGUGGUCACGGCGGAUGCCAACCGCAACCUAUAUCAACAGGCCUUCUCGAAACACGUCUCGUUGAUCUGCCAGUCGCAGUACACCCCGUCUGGCGAGCGUUGCGAGAAGCCUUUGGUCGUGGUGGCAGUGAGCUCACCAUAUGACUUCGCCAUGGAUGCUUCCAUAAGCACUUAUGUGUGCACCUAUGACUUCACGGAGACGGCGUUGCAAGCGCUAGUCAAGAUCCUCUACGGCGAGCUAACGUCCACGGGAGUAUUGCCCGGCUCCAUUAGCCGCAGCCAGAAAAUCCAUCAAUCCCGCCAGCACUGGCUAGUCGAGAAUUGGAACGAGGAACGUGACAGCGCUGCGUUGGAUGCCCUUCUUGACACAGCUCGAGGGGACUGCGCGCAGGGUCAGCGGUCAGAGCUCCUCGGUGCAACAUCAAACAGCUUUCUGCUACGGAGGGAGGAUGUUGACGAGGCACACUUUGUGGUCCGCAACAGCAGCACACAGGCGCUCUACGGGUUCUGUGCAACCUACUUCUUUCGGUCCACUGGCACCGGCGUCAUCGGGUGUCUGAUCGUCGAUCCGGCCCGGCGUAAGCUCUCCAUCGGGCACUCCCUUCAUAGCCGGGCCAUCCGCACUCUUCUCCAGCGGAAGGGCCUGAAGCGGUUUCAGCUCGGGUCUCGACUACCGGGAAUCUACCUGGGCAUUCCCACCGUCAGUCCCGUUGAGCGAAAGCGCCUGCGGCAAUGGUUUGCGGAGCUAGGAUGGAACACGGCACUCUCGCGUCCCGUCUGCAGUGUGGUGCUGCGCAACUUGGCGACAUGGACGCCACCCGACGGACUGACGGCGACGCUGCAGAAUGCCAAGGUCAUCUACGAUCUGGUGUACGGGUGGGACUUUGCGCGUGCAAUUCUCGACCACAUCAGAACCAAUGCCCGGCAGGGAGUGACGGACAUCUACCGCAUCGCCCUGGGUGGAGCCCCUAACUGUGGCAUUAUCCGGGCCAAGCGUUCCUCGGAUGAUAUGAUCCUCGGAAGUAUAGUGAUAUACAACGAACGCUCGUCUUUGGCUGAGCACAUGCCCGCUCUACGUUCCACCCAGCCACCCGUUGGGGGCAUCUCAUCGCCCGUUAUCUCCCCGUACGCAGAUGACUACUCCACGGUGAUGCAGGGGCUGAUCUUGCUCGCCAUCAAGCAAAUUCGCAAGCUGAAUGCCAAUGCCGUGGUGAUGGACUGUGUGGACGGCGACGGCAACUUUGACUGUCUUUCCUCCAUGGGUUUUAGCAUGCUACACAGCUUCGAGGAGGUCAACUGUGAUGCAGCCACCUGGACGAUGAUGCACGCGUCCUAG